AUGCCGUCUACCAAGUCUGUCGUGAUCGGCGCCGUCGGGCUAGCCGGGGCUGUCGCCGGACAGUAUUUCCCUCCCACCCCCGAAGGCCUCAAGGUGGUUCAUUCCAAGCACGAGAAAGGCGUCAAAAUCUCCUACAAAGAGCCCGGCGUCUGUGAAACCACACCAGGAGUCAAGUCGUACUCGGGUUACGUCCAUCUGCCUCCGGGAACUCUCAAGGAUGUCUCGUUAGACCAGGAUUACCCCAUCAACACCUUCUUCUGGUUUUUUGAAGCCCGCAAUGACCCGAGAAAUGCCCCGUUAUCCAUCUGGAUGAACGGCGGCCCCGGCAGCUCCUCCAUGAUCGGUCUGUUGCAGGAGAAUGGCCCGUGUCGCAUCAACCCCGACUCCAACUCCACGGAGAUCAACCCCUGGUCGUGGAACAAUUAUGUGAACAUGCUUUACAUUGACCAGCCGAGCCAGGUCGGGUUCAGCUACGACGUCCCGACCAAUGGCACCUACAACCAGAUCACCGGGGAAUACGAUGUCUCCGGGUUCCCCGGGGGCGUCCCCCCGGUGCAGAACAACACGUUCAAUGUUGGCACCUUUCCCAGCUUGAACAAGUCCACGACCGCCAAUUCGACUCAGAAUGCGGCCCGCGCUCUCUGGCACUUUGCGCAGACCUGGUUCUCCGAGUUCCCGGAGUACAAGCCCCAUGACGACCGGGUGAGCAUCUGGACCGAGUCUUAUGGUGGCCGGUACGGCCCGUCGUUCACGGCGUACUUCCAAGAGCAGAACGAGAAAAUUGCCAAGGGGACCGUCUCCAGGGAUGUAGACGCACACUACAUCCACCUGGACACCCUGGGCAUUAUUAACGGCUGCGUGGACCUCCUCGUCCAGUCGCCCAAGUACCCCGAAAUCGCCUACAACAACACCUAUGGCAUCGAGACCAUCAACAAGACGGUCUACGAUGCAGCAAUGAGGGCGUGGAGCAAGCCCGGCGGUUGCAAGGACCAGAUUAUCGAAUGUCGCCGCCUCGCUGCCGAGGGCGACCCGCAAAUGUUCGGCAACAACGCCACGGUCAACAAGGCCUGUAGAAAGGCCGACCAGUACUGUAGCAACCAAGUCGAAGGACCAUACACCGAAUUCUCCGGACGGGGAUACUAUGAUAUUUCUCACCUCAACCCGGACCCGUUCCCGCCGCCAUACUUCUUUGGAUUUCUGAACCAACACUGGGUGCAGGGCGCGCUGGGCGUGCCCAUCAACUUCACCGAGUCGGUCGACAGCGUCUACGAGGGCUUCUCAUCGGUCGGUGAUUACCCCCGGUCGGAUGUGCGCGGGUAUCUCGAGGAUCUGGCCUACGUACUGGACUCGGGCAUCAAGGUGGCUCUGGUGUACGGCGAUCGCGACUACGCAUGCCCGUGGAACGGCGGCGAAGAGGUCAGCUUGCUGGUGCAGCAUGCGGAGGCGGAGCAGUUCCGUUCGGCAGGAUACGCCCCCCUGCGGACGAAUGCAUCGUACGUCGGCGGGAUGGUCCGGCAGCACGGAAACUUCUCGUUCUCCCGCGUCUUCGAGGCGGGCCACGAGGUGCCAGCCUACCAGCCCGAGACGGCGUAUGAGAUCUUCCACCGGGCGAUGUUCAACCGCGACAUUGCCACGGGCAAAGUCAACACCGCAAAGAAUGAGUCGUAUUCGACGACGGGUCCGUCUUCGACGUGGAACAUCACGAACGCUGUGCCUGAUAGCCCUGCGCCGACCUGCUAUGUCCUCCAAUUGACGACGUACUGCACGGACGAGCAGGUGCAGAGCGUGGUGGAUGGGACAGCUGUGAUCAAGGACUACAUUGUGGUUGGUGAUGGGCAAUAG